GCCGCGGGGCCGGUCAUGCGGCUGCGGGGCCCGCGGCCCGGAGCGUCCGCCCAGCCCUGAGCGAGGCCCCGCAGGGCGCCCCCCGCCGCUGAGGAUGAGUCACUGCAGCAGCCGCGCCCUGACCCUGCUGAGCAGCGUGUUUGGUGCGUGCGGCCUGCUGCUCGUGGGCAUCGCGGUCAGCACUGACUAUUGGCUAUACAUGGAGGAGGGAACCGUGCUGCCGCAGAACCAGACCACGGAGGUCAAGAUGGCGCUGCACGCUGGCCUCUGGCGAGUCUGCUUCUUCGCAGGCCGAGAGAAGGGUCGCUGCGUGGCUUCGGAAUAUUUCCUUGAACCGGAGAUCAACCUGGUGACGGAAAACACAGAGAACAUUCUGAAGACAGUGCGCACAGCCACUCCCUUCCCCAUGGUCAGUCUCUUCCUCGUGUUCACGGCCUUCGUCAUCAGCAACAUCGGCCACAUCCGCCCACAGAGGACCAUUCUGGCCUUCGUUUCUGGCAUCUUCUUCAUCCUAUCGGGCCUCUCCUUGGUGGUGGGCUUGGUUCUUUACAUUUCCAGCAUCAAUGACGAGGUCAUGAACAGGCCCAGCAGCUCUGAGCAGUAUUUCCACUAUCGCUACGGGUGGUCUUUUGCCUUCGCUGCUUCCUCCUUCCUACUCAAAGAGGGGGCUGGCGUGAUGUCCGUGUACUUGUUCACCAAGCGCUACGCGGAGGAGGAGAUGUACCGCCCGCACCCGGCCUUCUACCGCCCGCGUCUCAGCGACUGCUCUGACUACUCGGGCCAGUUUCUGCAGCCCGAGGCGUGGCGCCGCGGCCGCAGCCCCUCCGACAUCUCCAGCGACGUAUCCAUCCAGAUGACGCAGAACUACCCUCCCGCCAUCAAGUACCCGGACCACCUGCACAUCUCCACCUCGCCCUGCUGAGGCCCUGCCUCUCGGAGGUCCCCUCCUCCUCCUCACGGGUCUCCCCGCAAGGCAGCUCCCCUCCCUUCUUUGGGACUCCCGGCUCCCACCUGGAGGAUGCUGCGCAAGCUUUAGGCCCCGCCCUCUUCCCAAUGGCCCCGCCCCGUCGCCCUAACCCCUCCCUCUUUCCAAUUGCUCCUCCCCCCUGUCCUGACCUCUCCACUUCAUUGGCCCCUUCCACUUCCAGAUGGCUCCUCCCCCUCGAUAGCCCGCCCCCUUUCCUGUAAGGCCCGCUCCUUUCCUCUGGCCCCGCAUCUCCCAGCCAAUUACCUCCCGGAGUUCCCCUGCGCUGUGCACCUGCUUCCGAGCAGUAGGCUGCGCAGGCGCCCACCUCCCCUGAGGCCCCCAGCCUUUCGUCUGGCGGCAGGAGCGCUGGGCUGGAGAGUAGGUUCUGGCAGCCGUCAGGAAUGCCAACCAACCUCUUCUCCCCUCUGCCUUGACUCCUCUCUUUCCUGGCCCAAUUUCACCUUUGGACCUUUGGGGUCCUCAGGUGCAGUGGGGGGGCCUCCUUCUCCGCCCACAGCUCCAGGGUGAGGUGAGGGGCUGGAGGCCCCGGGUAUGGUUAAUCUGGCCUUCCCGCCCCCCACACACACUCUUCUCUGCCCCCUUGGGAGACCCCAUUCUUUCUCACUGUCUGGGCUCUUCUCGGCCUCCUGAAGGUUACCUGCCUUUUGGGGGGCGCUGCCUAAUGGAUCUUCUUGCUGUCUCAGCUGUCCUUGGCUUCUUUUUCUUCCUUCUCUAACUCGAUCUCCCUUCCUCCUUCCCACCUGCUCAUCCGAAGCCCCUAGGUGCAUCCAGCCCGCACACCACACUGAGAUGGAGACGCUAGGGUGGAGGAGAUUCCUCCGCCAAUUCCACACCUGUGCCCGCCUCUUCCCCCCUGAGGCCCCGUCGGGGGAGGGAGAGGCAGUAGCGGGGGUUGACACCCCCCAAACCUUGAAGUCUUCCAUUUUCUGGCACUCCUCCUCAUUGAAGUCCCCCUUCCCGUCUCAAAUUCCAACUCUGGCCUCUUUCAAGGGUCCGUUCGCCCCCUUGGACAGAUUGGGUGGGGACACUAGAAACUCGCCCACCCCCCUUGUUAGGGGAGGAGGGCCGAGGUAGCACAGUGUUGUACACGGAACAAGGAAGGCCCCCGGGG